GCCCUGAACGCAGCGGCGGAUGGAGAAGGAGAGCCCAGAGCGCGUGGUCAUCUUCAGCGGGAGGGCAGUCAGGUGUGGUCGGUUUCGCUGUGACUUCCACUCCGCUUCCCGGGAUCCAGAGCUGCGGAGGCGGGCUGAACAGCGACCAAACCAGCGCCUACCGCCUCACCACGGACACGGGCCACCGACAGAGCAACGACAACGCGAAUUUCUUUUAAAACUGGACCAAAGGAAGUUACAGCACAAGAGGAACCAAUGUGUGUUUGACGUGAGGAACUGAUCACCUCCACCCUGCAAAUGUGACCACUCCUCCCAAAAAUAGGAACUAGUUUAGAUUUAAAAAAAAACAAACGGACACACUUUGAACGCAUCACAUAACUCUUUGGUUUGUGAUCUCGCUGCGUUUGUGCAGUGUUCCACACUGCACAGAUGAGCUGUAGUGGAAAUACCCCAUAGAUGUGUCAUGGGUGUAUAAAGUGGACUGUAACUAGCCUCACACAAUGGGACUGUGAAUGGACAGGCCUUCUGCGCUUUAACAACACUGGAAACCCUAAAAUCCUGUUGCUCUCUGGAACGGCGGCCAUGUUGGAUUGGGAAUAAAAUUGGGAAUAUUUUUGGACAGAUUGUGGUGCCGGGGGUUGGUGAGAUCGAUUAAAGGAAAAGGAGAAGGAAAAUCACAUAUUCCUGGAUUACCGUGGUGAAUCAAAUGGCAGGGAAAGACUACAACCAUCUCUUCAAACUGCUGAUCAUCGGAGGACUCCAUUAAUUUCUCCUUUUUUCAGAUGUGGGAAAAAGCAGCCUCCUUCUUCGCUUUGCAGACAACUCUUUCUCUGGCAGUUACAUCACGACGAUCGGGGUGGACUUUAAGAUCCGGACGGUAGACGUAAACGGAGAGAGAGUCAAACUGCAGAUCUGGGACACAGCCGGACAGGAGCGUUUCAGGACCAUCACCUCUACUUACUACAGAAACACACACGGAGUGAUCAUCGUUUAUGAUGUGACAAACCCAGAGUCGUUUGUGAACGUGAAGAGGUGGCUCAACGAAAUCUCCCAAAACUGUGACAAUGUCUGCAAGAUCCUGGUGGGAAACAAGAACGACGACCCUUCCAGGAAGAAGGUGGAAACGCAGGACGCGGUGAGGUUUGGUGAAUCUGUUGGUGUGCGUGUAUUUGAGACCAGUGCCAAAGAAAACAUCAAUGUGGAGGAGAUGUUUAUGGAGUUCACUCACAUGGUUCUUCGGGCAAAAAUCCAGAGUCAGAACCGAGCAGAGAGAGAGCGCGAGAGGGAGAGAGACACCGUGAAUAUAGGUGCACAGAGGGACCGAGACCGGAGGAAGAGAGGGAAAAAGUGCUGCUGAAGUCCAAGCUGAGAUCUGGGUCUAGACCAAGACUAAGACCAAGACUAAUACCCUAAGACUGGAGCACAAGAAACACCGCAAACAUCAGUGCACAGAGGGACUGGGACCGGAGGAAGAGAGGGAAAAAGUGCUGGUGAAGUCCGAGUCGAGAUCUGGUUCUAGAUUAGGACUAAGAACGGGAUCAAGACCGUGACUAAGAUCCUAAGACUGGAGCAUGUAAAUAUCCAUGCACAGAGAGACUGGGACCAGAGAAAGGGAGGCCAGAAGUGCUGCUGAAGUCCGGGCCAAGAACCAGGUCUAGACCAGGACCGGGACUGAAACCAAGACCUGGGUCUAGACCAGGACUGAGACCAGGAUCAAGACUGGAGCACGAGAAACAUCGUAUACAACAGCAUACAGAGGGACCGAAGAAAGGGAGGCAGGAAGUGUUGCGAAGUCUGGGCUCUGGGCCAGGACUAAGACCGGGACUGGGACCAAGACCUAGGUCUGUAACAGGACUGAAACAAGACAAGAUCUGAGUCUUGACACAGACUAAGGCUGGGACUCGGAACAGGAUAAAGACUAGCACUAAGGGAGGCAUGAAACGCUGCUGAGGGCUAGAUUUAUUUUUUUUUGCUCUUAGAACAUGGGAUGUUUUCGAUAAGGUCUUGGAAGCAGUCUACAAACUGUCCAUGAUUUACAGAAAAACCCAAGAAAUCCCUGUGUCCACUGCUAUUAGGAAUAAUGGAGUGUUAAUGAAGACCUGCACUGGGAAAAAACUGGAACUAACUCGGGACUCGACCUGACUCAAACCCGGACUAAAGCAGCACCUCACCUGGACUAGAUCUCAGAGUUUCAAGGAUCAAGGCAGUGCCAAAGGACCAGUCUGUUUUUGUCAUUUCUCUUUGUUUACAUAGAUUUUAAUUUAAUAAAAUCUUUUUUACCAUUUGAUUCAGUUGAAGUGCAUAUGACAGGUUUUUCCUAACUAUUACUUGGUUUGGUGGGUACCUGUAAAACUGAUAUAUUUACCACAGGUACACAUCACUUGAGUGGCAGGUUCUAAACAGAAAUCUUCUCCCUACAUCAACACCAAACAAUCCAGCCAAAAUGCAGGGACAAUUUACACGCAAGGCAGGCAUUUUUCUGGUACAUUCAGCAUUCAUUUAACAAAAUUUAUACAAAUAAAUAACUGUUGAGCAAUUUAAACAAGUUUUGGCCCUUGUUUAUAGUAUGGUUGCUAGGUAACAAUUAUAGAAUAUGUUCUGUGCACAACAGCGCCCAACUACCUCACUGUUACGUCACUACUUCAUGUCCAGUUUUAUCUAAGGUUUUUGCAGUCAUGCUAAAAUGAAUAAAUAUUUAAAGAUUAGGCAGUAGACCGAGAGCUGUGAGUGGAUGUCACUGACAUGUUAAAAUCUACACAAGUAAAAUGAAUACACUUCAAGACACUUGUCUCAGUACUUAUGCUAAUUUUGAGGCAUAAGAUAUUAAAACGCCACAAACUGAAAUAUUCUAAAUAUAAAAAUAAUUUGGUAGUUUUUAUUUUAAUUUUUAAUAAGUGACUUUUAGCUUUGAGAGUGAGCUAGCAUGCUGCUUUGCACAGUGCCUAUUACCUCUAUGCAUGUCAUGUCUGCUGCCAGUGUCUAUCCAAAUUACAAACUUCCAACAAAAAUAAAUUUUUUUAAUCAAAUUAGUAGUCUAACCUGUCAUAUGCACUUUAACCGCUCUCGUAACCACAGAAAGGAUACCAAAGGGUUAAAUCUGUUUAAUUCUAGCAGUACAUAAAAAUAAAAUUGAGAAAUUUGCUUCAAAUGACUCAAAGUAUUAAUCUCGAUUUUUAUAUUUAUUCACUUAAAGAUACACCCUGUAAACUUUGUGAAAGGUCCAUCACAUGCUUGUCUCCAUCGAGAUUUCAUUGCAUUGCCUAAAGUUCCACAGUAUUGCAUUAAUCAUUAAAUUACAAUUGCUAUAAUGUCAAAGUUGUAUUGGAAUUAAAGCACACUUACUGUGAGUUGUUUUAUCUUUCCAUAGAUCUAAACUCCAACUUGGCCUGGUGGCAUCUCCAAAGAGUCAAGUUUAAUGCAAAGCUGUGGAACAUUUCAGCAAUGACAUUUGCAUGAGACGAGCAGAUCACCCACUAGAAAAGUCACAGUGUAUCUUAAAUGUGGUUACGUUGAUUUAACUUGGUUAUUUGACUGAUUUCAAAGAUUUAUCUGCCAAAGGAGGGAAAAAAAAGGCAAACAAAAUAUUCUGAAGCAGUUUGUCUUAAAAUUAGAAAAGAGUCAAAUUAUGUAACUAUCAGAACUACUGUAUUCAAAAAUAUAAUUAUUUUGAGAUACUUUUUUGCAGUGUCCAAAUAUUUAUCCCAAAAUGCAGUUUAUUACAUUGACCCAGGCUCCAAUUUUGAGGUGCAGUGUAACUUUUCUGGUAGAGGGUCCAUCACCUACUUUGUCUCCAUGGAGUUAAUAAUUUGCGAAGAAUUUCCACAAGUAGUUGAUGCCACAAGGCACAGGCCAGAUCUGUGGAAAGGAGACCCACUCAUAGCAUUAACAUCCUCAUGGAGACAGGCAGGUGACAGAACCUACAUCAGUAAAGUUACUUAGUGUACCUUUAACAUGUGUUUGUGUGUCUUAAAUCCCACAUUUGUCUCUUAACAAAACUGUCAAAUCCACUAGACUGUAUUUCGAUUGUGAGUUAUAACUUUGUGCCAAUGAUAAUGAGCCUUGUGUUGAACUAAACCACUGCUGCCUGUGUCCAACCCAAAGCAAUAAACCUGUGAUUGUAUGAACAAAAA